AUGGUUGACAUAGAGGAAGUACAGAAGCAUAAUACUAAGAAAGACUGUUGGGUGAUCAUCCACGGUAGGGCCUACGAUGUAAGUCACUUUAUUGAUGAACAUCCAGGGGGAUCUAAAGUAAUUCUUAAAUACGCUGGUAAAGACGCAACGAAGGAAUUUGAUCCUAUCCAUCCCGGAGACACAUUGACGAAGUACUUGUCACCAGAACAUCAUAAAGGUGAAGUCACGGGUAUGGAAAAGCUAAAGAAGAAGAAGAAGAAGGCUGCUAACGUGAAAGCUGCAGAGCCAAAGGCAGCAGCGCCCGUUGGAGCUGAACUGGCUCAGUCGCCAAAGGCUGUUGGUGAUCAAGUAGUUGAUGAAUAUGAUGUUCAAUAUGACGAGCAAGAGAAUAAAGAGCCAUUACCAGCUACUCUGGUUACUCAGAAUGGUGAUUCCGUGGCAGUGGAAGUUACUUCGGAUGAGGAUGACGAGUAUGAUGAUGACGAAGAUGACCCGCCUAGUGAGGAAGAGUUGGAAAGACGUAAGAUGGUCAAACUUAAGCCGGAAUUAUCCUUCAUAUACAACUUGAAUGACUUUGAGUUUGUUGCUAGACACACGAUGGAUAAGAUAGCUUGGGCUUAUUACUCCUCUGGUUCGGAUGAUGAAAUUACUCUUAGAGAGAAUCAUUUGUCUUAUCACAGGUUUUAUUUUAAGCCUCGUAUUUUAGUGGAUGUGACUAACAUAGAUACUUCAACUACUAUGCUAGGUACUAAGUGCUCUGCUCCAUUCUAUGUUACAGCUACUGCGUUGGGUAAAUUGGGACAUAAAGACGGUGAGACUGUGUUAACAAAAGCUGCUGCAAAGCAGGAUAUAAUACAGAUGAUCCCCACGUUAGCUUCAUGUUCUUUCGAUGAGAUCGUGGAUGCAAGUGAUGGAAAACAAACUCAAUGGUUCCAGUUGUAUGUAAACAAAGAUCGUAAGAUUUGCGAGAGUAUCGUUCGUCAUGCUGAGGAGAGAGGCGUGACAGGUUUGUUUAUUACUGUUGAUGCACCACAACUUGGAAGACGCGAGAAGGAUAUGAGAUCAAAAAAUGUUGAAGAAUUAAGUAACGUUCAAGGUGACGAUGAGGAUGCUGACAGAAGUCAAGGUGCAGCCAGAGCAAUUUCUUCAUUUAUUGAUACUGGCUUGAGUUGGAAGGACAUAGCUUUUUUCCGCUCUAUCACCAAGAUGAAGUUAAUUUUGAAAGGAGUUCAAUGUGUAGAGGAUGCUCUUUUGGCGGUUGAAAAUGGGCUCGAUGGUAUUGUACUCUCUAACCAUGGUGGUAGGCAAUUAGAAUUUUCGCCUCCUCCAAUUGAGGUUCUUGCAGAGCUUAUGCCAAUUUUGAGAGCCAGAAACUUGCAAGAUAAGAUAGAAGUAUUCGUAGAUGGUGGUGUAAGAAGGGCAAGUGAUGUUUUGAAGGCUAUCUGUCUUGGAGCUAAGGGAGUGGGCAUCGGUCGUCCAUUCCUUUAUGCUAUGUCAACUUAUGGGGUUGACGGUGUUUUUAAGGCUAUCCAAAUUUUAAAGGAUGAGAUGAUUAUGGAUAUGAGAUUAUUGGGGGUGACUUCUAUAGACCAGUUGGAUGAUUCUUAUAUCAACUCAAAGAUAUCUGCCAGAUUUGUUCCUGAUGACAAGCUUUUUAGUGGAAUUUAUCAACCAUUAACAUCUCCAGCCUUUAAGGACUCAAAGUUAUAG